CGCAUCUCCUGUGACGAGGUGUACUGCCUUGCUACAAUGGAUCCCCAACAUCAGGACCAGGACUAUUUAGCCGAUGUUGUGGACUUUUCCCCUGGCUCUCCCGACAAUUUCCAGAUCUCGUUAGACCCCGACCCAUUUGACUACUCGAAUCUGGGCAGCCCCCCGUUCCCCCAUACACCAUCUUACAACGGAUCCUUCCACAACUCCCCUUACUCCAAUCACUCCGAGCUGAGCUUCAACGGAGAGCGCGAGACCUUUGGAAUAUUCGAAGAAGAUCACGUCGGCGGAAUCUCCUCCCGAGACUACGAUCCAUCGGAGUUCGACACCGUCAAUCCCCAAACGACGUCCCUUCUCAUGUUCAACGAGAACGACUACAUCCAUAGCAACUACGAUCCCAGUCAACUCUCCACUGUGCAUAUCUCAAGCCCCGAUCUUCGAGGACCCUAUGACUACAGUUCUCCGUCGAGCAACGGCAGCGGGGAGGAAGGGCAGCAGCAGCAGCUACGUAGCAGAGGGUCUUCCGUAUCAUCCAACCACAACAACGUGUCCCCUUCCCCGCGCCUAGAUGUCUCCGCCUUUGAGAAUCUUUCCUUCCAUUCUCCCAGCUGGGGCACCGACCCCCUCCCGCGAGAACGACCCGUCUCCCCACAUACUCAGAAACCACAAUCGCCACCAAGGCUCGUCAUGCCCGAGUCGAGUGGCAGCCCCACCCCUGCUUUUGCUGCACCGCCCACCAUCAAUGCACCCGACGGUGACGGUGUCCAUCCCCGGCUGCACAUCGUGCCUGCGACACCCGUGAGCGGUGGAGGCCCGGCUGCGACGGCCGUGCCGUUCCAGAACGGUUCGGACCCUUUGCGUCAAGGUGGUGAGUCACGAAUUGCAGCCGUUACGUCAACGGCCGAUACUCAUCGGUCAUCGUGCAGCCUCUUCAGAGCAGUCGACAGGGUGGAAAGCACCACCGCAGGCGGAAGAAUACGACUUCAAUGUUGGUCACGAUGGCUUGUCGACAGCUAACGUACAGAUGCUUAACAACUCGGUGAACGGCAACGAUGCAUCCUCACCUUACCUAUUUCCUGGCAUCCACACUCGCGGAAGAAGAAAGUCGGAUCCUGGACUGGAACCGCCCACCUGGGAUUUGAGUAGUGCGCAUGUGAGCUCCACGCAUGAGGACGCGGUGUCCAUGGCCGAAGUUGAGCAUGGGUCGAUGGGUGGUUCGCAUCGGAACUCCUUUAACGGGACCCUGCAGUCAUUCCCGCUUGAAUCGUCCGCACACCUGCUGAACCCGAACCCCAAACGAGGACAUGUCCGACAGUCGCGGUCAGAGGAUCUACGAGUGAACGGAAUGUUCCACGGUGGAUCUCCAGAUUUCUUGCGGGCAGAUGCAUUUCUGUCCCCGAUGGAUCCGCCGCCGCCAAUUCGCAACCGACACUACCGGAGUGCGUCGACGGGCGGUGGAUCUCUGCGUAGCGAACGUGGUGCUACCUUGGGAGGCAGCGGCCAAUGGAGCGCAGCUUCCUCUCAGCGGGCCAGCCCCUAUCCCAGUCCGAAUGUCUCGCCACAGCCUAAUUACUCGGACCUGCCUCCAGAGGACCCUUCACUCAUUGUGUCGAAGCCGAAUGUGACGACUCCCCGAACAAGCACGGCAUCGCACAGCCGACGCAAGCAGGAAGCGACUUUCAUAUGCCCUGUCCCUGGAUGCGGGAGUACCUUCACUCGAAGCUUCAAUCUGAAGGGGCAUAUCCGAUCCCACAACGAAGAGAAGCCGUUCCUAUGCAAGUGGCCGGGGUGUGGUAAGGGCUUCGCUCGCCAGCACGAUUGCAAGCGACACGAGCAGCUGCACACGAAUUACCGGCCAUUCACAUGCGAGGGUUGUUCGAAGCAGUUUGCACGGAUGGAUGCUCUGAAUCGACAUCGUGGGUCUUCCGUGCCAUGUGUAAUCUUAGUGCAUGCUAACUUACUUGAUCCACAGUACGGUCUGAUGGGGGCAUCGACUGCCAGCGAGUGUUGGAAGCCAGUGGGCGCCUGCCCGAGUUUUCCGGUGGGGGGAAGGGGUCGCUCAUGCCCGACGCCGGCGGUGGUCGUAUUCGCUCGUAUAGCAUGGGGAGCUACUCGGAGACCCCUGAGCCUCCAAUGCAUUUGAUGCCCAAGGUGGAGGAUCCAUGGGCGAAUAUGACUGGCGUCGCAUUGUGAUAUCCGUCUAUUACACGCUCCUUGCUGUUGCUUUUCCUUCCUUGCUUUUCUUGUCGCCGCUUCGAAUAGCUUAUGCUCGUUUCAAUCCCUAUCUAUUCCAGUGUAUCUGAUUGCGGACUUUUGUUUGGAUACAUUCUCUCUUCUCGCUGUACCUUAUAGAAGCAAAGAACCAACUUUCCCUUGUACCUAGCUGUCUGCUCAAUCAUUAUGUAUCUAUCUGCUGUCAGCGUGCUACGGCCAGAUUAUAUACUUUAAUAGUAACUUGUAACAACAUUCCCGCCGUUUUCUCAA